AUGUCAAACCCUGGAGACCAAUCAAGUAGCAUGUCUCGUCCGGGCCCGUCCCCAGCGGCAGGUUUAUCUCCGGGCCCCAACCUAGGAGGACCCAGCCCGGGCUCAGACCCCUCACCAGGCUCUGUCCACAGUAUGAUGGGUCCUAGCUCUGGGCCAGGCACCCCCAGUGCACCUCACGGCCUGCAGGGCCAGGGGGAGUACUCCCAGGAUGGCAUGCAUCCUAUGCACAAGUCCAUGGAGGGGAUGCACGAAAAGGCCAUGGCUGACGCAAUGCACUUCGGCCACAUGAAAGGGGUUAGCAUGAGGUCUCUCCACAGUGGCAUGGGGCCUUCCCAGAGUCCCAUGGACCCGCAAAGCCAAGGAUACAUGUCGCCCCACCCAUCACCCAUCGGGGUCCACGACCACGCCUCCAGCCCCAUGUCUGGGGGUGGGGGAGGAGGAGGAGGCAGUGGCGGCAGCAGCGGGGGUCCUACACCCCCCCAGAUGCCUCCGACCCAGUCCAGCCCCAUGAUUCCCGGGGAUCCACAAGGAGGCGCGGCGGCCGGGACCCAGCAGAGUCGGGGGCCCUCCACCUUCAGCCCGGUGCAGCUGCAGCAGCUCAGAGCCCAGAUCUUGGCCUAUAAGAUCCUGGGCCGCGGCCAACCUCUCCCUGAGAACCUCCAGUUGGCUGUUCAGGGGAAGAGGAGCCUACCCACAAUGCAGCAGCAGCAACAGCACCACCAACAACAACAGCAGCAACAACAACAACAGCAGCAACAACAACAGCAGCAGCCGCAGCAUGUGACGACUGCUAAUCCUUACAACAGGUCUCCAGGCAUGCCACUGGUUCCAAUAAGCGGUCCACAGUCAAGCCCCUGCCCCACUCCGGUCAUGCAGGCUCACAGUCAGAGCUCAGGACCCAAGUCUUGGUGUGAAGGGCAGAGUGGGGACAACCCAAACAGCCCACAGAAACACCUCCCCUCGGCCACUGGAAGGGGGCUCCCUGUGCAGGGCCAGCCCGCGUCGCUCCCCCAGGGGCCCUUGCCCGGGGGCAUGGCGGGCCCCCAAGGGCCCGGGCAGCAAGGGUUUCCCAUGAUCCAGCUGCAGCAGAAGCAGAACCGCGUCACGCCGGUGCAGAAACCCCAGGGCCUGGACCCGGUGGGGAUCCUUCAGGAGAGAGAGUUCAGGCUCCAGGCGCGGAUCGCCCACCGCAUCCAGGAGCUGGAGAGUCUUCCAGGGUCCCUGCCCCCUGACCUCCGCACCAAGGCCACCGUGGAGCUCAAGGCUCUCCGCCUCCUCAACUUCCAGCGGCAGCUGAGGCAGGAGGUGGUGAGCAGCGUGCGCCGGGACACCACGCUGGAGACGGCGCUCAACUCCAAGGCGUACAAGCGCAGCAAGCGGCAGACGCUGAGGGAGGCGCGCAUGACGGAGAAGCUGGAGAAGCAGCAGAAGAUCGAGCAGGAGAGGAAGCGCCGGCAGAAGCACCAGGAGUACUUGAACAGCAUCCUGCAGCAUGCUAAGGACUUCAAGGAGUUCCACCGCUCUGUCUCAGGCAAGGUCCUGAAGCUGACCAAAGCCAUCGCCACCUGGCACACGAACACAGAGCGGGAGCAGAAUAAGGAGAAGGAGCGGAUUGAGAAGGAGAGAAUGAGGAGACUCAUGGCUGAGGAUGAGGAGGGCUACAGGAAGCUCAUCGACCAGAAGAAGGACAAGAGGCUGGCCUACCUGCUGCAGCAGACGGACGAGUACGUGGCCAACCUCACCAACCUGGUGUACGAACACAAGGCCGCGCAGGCUGCAAAGGGCAAGAAGAAGAAGAAGAAGAAGAGGAAGAAGCCCGACGGAGGUGGUGAAGGCACCAGCGCCAUAGGCCCCGACGGAGAGCCCAUGGACGAAAGCAGCCAAAUGAGCGAGCUACCCGUCAAAGUAAUUCAAACAGAGACCGGCAAAGUUUUGCAGGGAACAGAAGCUCCGAAAUCCAGCCAGCUGGAAGCCUGGCUAGAGAUGAACCCUGGAUACGAAGUUGCACCUCGCUCAGACAGCGAGGACAGUGGCUCGGAGUUCGAGGAAGAGGAGGAAGAGGAAGGGGCCCCCAGGGGAGACGCUGGCGAGGAGAGGAGCCUAAUGGAUCCCCCCAGAGAGGAAGCUCCCGUGCCGGCAGCCAUGGACAUCAUCGAGUCGGUCAAGCAGGAUGUGGACGAUGAGUACAGCGAGCCCACCGGGGAGCCCAGCUCCCAGUCCUACUACGGUGUGGCUCACGCCGUCGUGGAGAGGGUGGAGAAGCAGUCCACACUGCUCGUCAACGGUUCACUGAAACACUAUCAGGUCCAGGGACUGGAGUGGAUGGUGUCCCUGUACAACAACAACCUGAACGGCAUCCUGGCAGACGAGAUGGGCCUCGGCAAGACCAUCCAGACCAUCGCCCUCAUCACCUACCUGAUGGAGCACAAGAGGCUCAACGGGCCCUACCUGAUCAUCGUUCCCCUCUCUACCUUAUCCAACUGGGUUUACGAGCUGGACAAGUGGUCACCCUCUGUGGUUAAGAUUUCCUAUAAGGGUAGCCCCGGCUUGCGGAGAGGAAUGGUGCCCCAGCUCCGCAGUGGAAAGUUUAAUGUUCUCCUCACCACGUAUGAAUACAUCAUCAAGGACAAGCAGAUACUCGCCAAGAUCCGGUGGAAGUACAUGAUCGUGGACGAGGGCCACCGCAUGAAGAACCACCACUGCAAGCUGACCCAGGUGCUGAACACCCACUACGUGGCCCCCCGGCGGCUCCUGCUCACGGGCACGCCGCUGCAGAACAAGCUGCCCGAGCUCUGGGCGCUGCUCAACUUCCUACUGCCCACCAUCUUCAAGAGCUGCAACACCUUUGAGCAGUGGUUCAACGCCCCGUUCGCCAUGACCGGAGAGAGGGUGGACCUGAACGAGGAGGAGACCAUACUGAUCAUCCGCCGGUUGCACAAGGUGCUCCGCCCCUUCCUGCUCCGCCGACUGAAGAAGGAGGUGGAGUCGCAGCUGCCAGAGAAGGUGGAGUAUGUUGUCAAAUGCGACAUGUCCGCAAUCCAGAAGGUUCUCUACCGGCACAUGCAGAGAGGCAUCCUCCUCACUGAUGGUUCUGAAAAAGACAAAAAGGGCAAAGGAGGAGCGAAGACCUUGAUGAACACGAUCAUGCAGCUGAAGAAGAUCUGCAACCAUCCGUAUAUGUUUCCCCACAUUGAGGAAUCGUUUGCUGAACACCUGGGCUAUCCCAACGGCGUCAUCAGUGGGCCCGACCUCUACCGAGCCUCGGGGAAGUUUGAGUUGCUGGACCGCAUCCUACCCAAGCUGGAGGCCACACAACACAGAGUGCUGCUCUUCUGCCAGAUGACCACUCUUAUGACCAUCAUGGAGGACUAUUUCGCCUACCGCAACUUCACCUACUUACGCCUUGACGGAACCACAAAGUCUGAAGAUCGCGCCGAGCUGCUUAAAAAAUUCAACGAGAAGGGCUCUCAGUUCUUCAUCUUCCUGCUGAGCACCCGGGCCGGGGGUCUGGGGCUCAACCUGCAAGCAGCCGACACCGUGGUCAUCUUCGACAGUGACUGGAACCCCCACCAGGACCUGCAGGCCCAGGACCGCGCCCACCGCAUCGGCCAGAAGAACGAGGUGCGCGUGCUGCGCCUCUGCUCGGUCAACAGCGUGGAGGAGAAGAUCCUGGCGGCGGCCAAGUACAAGCUCAACGUGGACCAGAAGGUCAUCCAGGCGGGCAUGUUCGACCAGAAGUCCUCGGGGCAGGAGCGCCGCGUGUUCCUCCAGGCCAUCCUGGAGCACGAGGAGCAGAACGAGGUGAUCGGCAGGAGGAAAGAGAACAGCAGCCAGGAGGGAGAUCCUCUACCAGUCUACGAGGAAGACGAGGUGCCAGACGAUGAAACGCUGAACCAGAUGAUAGCCCGGAACGAAGACGAGUUUGAACUCUUCAUGCGCAUGGACAUGGACCGGAGGCGGGAGGAGGCGAGGAACCCCAAGAGGAAGCCCCGCCUAAUGGAGGAGGACGAGCUGCCCUCCUGGGUGAUCAAGGACGAGGCGGAGGUGGAGCGGCUCACCUACGAGGAGGAGGAGGAGAAGAUGUUUGGCCGGGGCUCGCGCAGCCGCCGCGACGUGGACUACAGCGACGCCCUCACCGAGAAGCAGUGGCUACGGGCUGUGGAGGACGGAAACCUGGAGGAGAUGGAGGAGGAGAUCCGCCUGAAGAAGCACAAGAGGAAGAGACGUCAGGACAGAGGCUCCACCAGCCGGGCCGAGAGCGGUGGCGGAGGGUCCUCCAAGGGCAAGAAGAAACGCGGCCGCCCGCCGGUGGAGAAGCUGACCCCGAAUCCCCCCAAACUCACCAAGCAGAUGAACGCUGUGGUCGACACCGUCAUCAACUACCGAGACGGGUCAGGAAGACAACUCAGUGAGGUUUUCGUUCAGCUGCCGUCCAAGAAGGAGCUUCCGGAGUACUACGAGCUGAUCAGAAAACCGGUGGACUUCAAGAAGAUCAAGGACCGCGUGAGGAACCACAAGUACCGGGGCGUGGGCGACCUGGAGAAGGACGUGAUGCUGCUGUGUCACAACGCCCAGACCUUCAACCUGGAGGGCUCCCAGAUCUACGAGGACUCCAUCGUGCUUCAGUCGGUGUUCAGGAGCGCCAGGCAGAAGAUCGUCAAGAAGGAGGAGAGUGAGGAAGAAAGCGAUGAAGACGAGGACGACGAGGACGAGGAAGAAUCAGAAGCAGAAGCCAAGUCGGUGCGCGUUAAGAUCAAGCUGGCCAAGGACGAGGACGGGAAGAAGAGGCCGGGCCGCGGGAAGGCCAAGCCCGUGGUCAGCGACGACGACAGCGACCAGGACGACAAUGAUCUGACGGACGGGAGCAAGAGUGAGGAUGAGUGAGCAGGAGGAGGAGGAGGAUGAAGAUAAGUCAUCACACCUAUCAAACAAACAAUUAUACGUUGUUUAGCGCGGUGGCUCCGACGCCAUUUGAUGUUUCUUCCGGGGGAUUCUCGACAUCUGUUCCCGCUCGAGAUUGGAUGCAAAUGGCAAAGAUAUGCCAUUGUGUCUUUUGUACAUUUCAGAUUGGAACAAUUUAGCGAUUGAUGGAAAAAAAGACUAAAAUUAUAUAUUGAAAAAAGUUGAUCUUUAAACACCAGCUUUUCUAUUGUUACUGGAUGCACUUUUUUGAAUUGAUAGAAUGUGAUCUUCUAAACACAAAACAAAGGAUAAGAAGAUAUUUGAAGCCAAUUUGGUUUGAUAAGAAAACGUGUUAUAUUUUUAUUUGGUCUUAAAUCCUGUUUUACCUAUACCCGUGUGUAUAUUUUACAUGGUCCUAAUUGCGAACCAUUUUGCCACUGACGUAGUCUUCCGAAGUGUUUUUAUCCUUGGGGCAAAAACCAACUAAAUCUAUGUGCUUAAUCUCGAAUACCCUAACUUGUGCCUUAUAAAACAUAAAAAGUCAGAAAAAAAAUGUCUCCUCACCUAACUCUACUGCAGUUGCUUUCCAUAGAAUGCAGUAACCUUUCAUUUUAGUCACCCAGUUAAUUAAACCUGCAUCAAAUGUACCUAUACUUAUCUUGAGUUACUUUGCUGGUUCUGCGUUUAAAGUCAAGAACAGUUAUUUUAUUUUGAAAUAUGCAGUGGUAGACACUUGGCUAAUAAGUCCCCUAAAUGCUUGGCUUCCUUAUGUUAUAGUGCAUGAACCAGUAUUCUUUUAAUGACAUGCAUAAGCUUUCGCUCGUUUCGGCUAAUGUUUAUUUUCAACAGUCGACUUCUAAAUUCACAGAAGAUGUAUCUCUGUAGAAACGGUGUUAUCUAGCAUGUGGAGAAAGGCAGUGUUGCUGCUUAGUAUUUGAGUUCAGAUGUUUAGGAUUAAUCAAUUCUAUUAACCGCAUCUACAAUUUUGCUUACAAGUAUUUUGCCUAUCACCCAUUAUUAAUGCUUUAAUCAAGAUAUUAUUCUGCAGUAUUUUUUGUUUGACAUAUAGUCAAAGUUGUUUACAUUCAAAGCUCUUAUAAAAUUGAUACAAUCUUAUACCCUCGAUUUGUUAUACAAUACAGGUAUUGAUUAUAUGCAAAUAUAUAUCCUUAUGUAUGUAUUAAGAGUGCCAGCAAACUGAAACAGCCAACAUUAGUGUAACUUACUAUUUGCUUUGUUUGCACAUAGUCUUUUUGGCAGAAUUUCAGAGCCAUGGGCAAAUAAAAACGUAUUUUCAGCACA